AAGUGUUUGAGGGACAGAAGAGCAAGCGAAGGAGAAAUGCCACUGGGGGGGUUCGCGGGUCUUAAGGAGAAGCUCAAACCGGGGAAGGAGGAGUUGAAGAACAGUGUGGGCGACUCUCUGGGGAAUCUGCAGAAGAAGAUCGAUGGCUCUAAUGCAACUGAAGAGGACAACAUUGAACUGACAGAAGAUGGACGGCCAGUGGCGGCCCCUAAACGCAGUCCGCCCCUUUUGGAUUGUGGCUGCUUUGGCCUCCCCAAGCGUUACAUCAUCGCCAUCCUCAGCGGACUUGGCUUUUGCAUCUCGUUUGGCAUCCGCUGCAACCUCGGUGUAGCCAUUGUGGAAAUGGUUAACAACAACACUGUCUACAUCAACGGGACUGCUGUCAUGCAGCCAGCACAGUUUAAUUGGGAUCCGGAGACAGUGGGAUUGAUACACGGCUCUUUUUUCUGGGGCUACAUUGUCACUCAAAUCCCUGGAGGUUUCAUCUCCAAUAAGCUAGCAGCUAACAGGGUGUUUGGAGCAGCCAUUUUUUUGACGUCAGUGCUAAACAUGUUUAUUCCAUCAGCUGCCAGGGUUCACUAUGGUUGUGUCAUGUUUGUGCGGAUCUUACAAGGACUGGUGGAGGGAGUCACAUAUCCAGCCUGCCACGGGAUGUGGAGCAAAUGGGCUCCUCCACUGGAAAGAAGUCGUCUGGCUACUACCUCGUUCUGUGGAUCGUAUGCGGGAGCUGUGAUAGCCAUGCCACUGGCUGGAAUAUUAGUGCAAUACGUAGGUUGGCCCUCUGUCUUCUAUAUUUAUGGUGUGUUUGGAAUAAUCUGGUAUAUCUUCUGGCUCCUGCUGGCUUAUGACAGUCCUGCGAUCCAUCCCACCAUCAGUGAGGAAGAAAGGACGUACAUUGAGACCUCUAUUGGGGAAGGAGCCAAUUUAAUGAGUGCUACUGAGAAAUUUAAAACGCCUUGGCGUGAAUUCUUCACAUCUAUGCCUGUCUACGCCAUCAUUGUGGCAAACUUCUGCCGUAGCUGGACCUUUUACCUCCUGCUCAUUAGUCAGCCAGCUUACUUUGAAGAGGUCUUUGGGUUCCCCAUCAGCAAGGUAGGCAUUUUGUCUGCGGUGCCGCACAUGGUGAUGACGAUCAUUGUGCCGAUAGGAGGCCAGCUGGCUGACUUCCUGAGGAGUCGGAAAAUCCUCUCAACUACAACCGUGCGCAAAAUCAUGAACUGUGGAGGUUUUGGCAUGGAGGCCACGUUGCUGCUGGUUGUCGGGUUCUCACACACACGUGCAGUGGCCAUCACAUUUCUCAUCCUGGCAGUGGGCUUCAGUGGUUUCGCGAUAUCAGGAUUCAAUGUAAACCAUCUGGACAUCGCUCCCCGCUAUGCCAGUAUUCUUAUGGGCAUCUCUAAUGGAGUAGGUACCCUGUCUGGCAUGGUUUGCCCCCUUAUUGUUGGAGCACUUACCAAACACAAGACUCGUCUGGAGUGGCAGCAUGUGUUUGUGAUCGCUUCCAUGGUGCAUUACACCGGCGUGAUCUUCUAUGCCAUCUUUGCCUCUGGUGAGAAGCAGGACUGGGCUGAUCCUGAAACCACCAGUGAUGAGAAAUGCGGCAUCAUCGGGGAAGACGAGCUGGCCGAUGAGACUGAGCCCAACAGCGACAGCGCCCUGGCCACCAAGCAGAAGACCUACGGAACCACAGAAAGCUCUACAGGCCGCAAGCAAGGCUGGAAGAAGAAGAGAGGAGUCACCAUGCAAGCCGACGAAGAUCACGGAUCAAAUCAUUACGAAAACGGGGAAUAUCAGAAUCAGUAUCAGUGACAUUUUGAUCAUCAAACGCCCCAAGACUGAGACCUGAGCUGCUGGGAGUAUUCAUUCGAGAAACCCACCUUGGGACUAAAACAUUCCACCAGACAUUUGACACAACAGUCUACUUGAGUUAUGGAUGGCUUCCUUUAAGAUUUCACCCUGCUGUAGAAGCUGAAGGAACAUGAGAAUGAUCUGUGAGUAGUUCAUUCGACAGACGCACCCUGCUGAAAAAAACAGCAUAUGCUGGUUAGGUAGGUUUUGAAGCAUGGAUGCUGGUUUGAGCUGGUUCAUGCUGGUGCUUUGCUGGUUUAACUGGUCAUCAGUGUUAAUUUUGAAAGGAUUUUUUGAUUUAGUCUUAGUUCUUUAUCUUGAGACUAAAAUGCUUAAUAGUCUUAGUCACAUUUUAGUCAUUUGAGUCUUUCAUAGUUUUAGUCUAGUUUUAGUCAAAGUAAAGUUAUUGCAUUUUUGUCAACUUGUAGUCAUUACUUUUAGUCAAACUGCAGUUACCAGUGUUGUUAGCUGGUAGCUAUUUUAGUCUUCAAACAAAAAUAAUCAUUAAUUCUUUAAACCAAAUAAAAGCUUAUGAUAAAUUUGAAUCAAGGAUUGAAUUUGGGAAAACUUGAAUAAAUUAUGACAAUUUUCUUUUUUGGGUGAACUAUCCCUUUAACAGUAUGGAAAAAGGAGUACUUAUUAUUAUACUUGUACUUUUACUUAUCAUUAUAUAAUAUUUAUAAUUAUAGUUGUUCAUAUAUAUAUAUAUAUAUAUAUAUAUUUAUGUUUUGAAAAAGAGGCAGAAUAAGACAAAUACAUUAGAGAUACAAAUUACACUAAUUUUUCAGAUACAGUAAGUUUAAUUAACAUGUAGGCUAUACAUUUAUUUAACAUUAAUGACAAAUAGGUAUUUAAUUAGGAACGCUGUCCCUUUAAGACGGAAGGUAUGUAUGUAAUACUGACAAAUUCAAUUUUUACUCACCUGUUUACAUUAACUUAAGCCAUAACUUACAUAAUUUACGUGAAAUACUCACGUUUGGACUACUGUGUGUGCAUUUGAGCACUGAGAACUGAUCGCACGCUGUCUGAAGUGGACAGAAGAAGUGGAGCCUGUAUGAGAGAGAGCACUUCUGGCGUUUGUCUAUCAGCGUGAUUCCGCCUGUCCCGCCUUCACUAACUUUAAGUUAAUCGACGACGAAUUGUGACUACCGGGGAAAUGGUGAUUCUAUCCCUAACCCUUCAGGUGCUGAGGCCAUUGUUUCAGAUCGCAUGUUCACGUUUUGGUAGCCUGUCUUUCCAUUACGUCUACCAUGCCGAGACUAGACAUGCAAACGCCCUUAUCCAAUUGCAAUCUAAUGACAGAGACACACAUUUUAAAAAGGACAGUUAGCCUAUAGGAUGUAUUUUCAAUGUCAUGUAGUCCUCAAAUAACAUUCUCGUCCAGUCUCGUCUUGUUAACGAGGCAGCAUAAGUUUCGUCAUACUUUUUAUCAUCAGAAAUUAGUUUUGGCUCAUUGCCCUCUCGUCUUCCUCACAGAAAAAAUGUUCGUUAACGAAUAUUUUUCGUCGUCGUCUUUGUUGACGAAAUUAACCAGCUAAGGACCAUC